GUCUACACAUACCACGUCAUCGCAGAGGAUGAGCACCCUGCAGACUCGGGCAACCCCAGGGAUGAUACCACUACGCCUCCAGUUGCGACGGCUACUGGCUCGUAUCGCUCGCUGGGGUGGCAUGACCUGAGUGCAAAUCUGCAUCUGAUGACAGUUCGAGUGGGUCGUGAAUUCAUCAAGCGACCGCUCCACUACCAGCACUUAUUACCUAUAGACGCUCUUGUACAUAUACCCAUCAUCAGGCUGGUUCACCCAGAUGUAGUCGAGCCGGCCUCCCUCCACAUUGAACAGGAAUCGCCCGUCGAAGACAUGCCCCGCCCGCCGAAGCGGAAACGGUGUCCGGACACAGAGACUGAUGAAGUUCCUACCAAGAGAGUGCGCACGUCCGGCACUGCAAGCGAGGCGUCCGAGGUCGAGGACGGCGUUCCUUUUGGACCUCACCCAAGGUGCAUGAUCACUGGGUGCGUGUCUGCUGAUGUAGAGGCGUGUUAUAUACUGCCUCCAGACAUGCCUCAGCUAUUGGUGAAUCAAAAGAUUGACUACAUGACAUUCAACAUGUGUACCGACUAUGACACCUUCCUUUGUCACGAGCCUGAGAAUAUUAUAUUCCUUCGACGCGACCUCCGGGAACUGUGGGAAACGAACCGAUUGUUGAUGAUACCACAUCCUCAGCAUUUAGAGCAUUUCGAGUAUUGCACUGUGUACAAGUAUUGCGUCAUCGCAGAGGACGAGCACCCUCCAGACUCAUGCGCGACCAUGCGUCACCCUAUCACACCUUCCGUCAUGACGGCACCAUGUUCAUAUCGCUCGCUUGGAUGGCACGAGCUGGACGCCGACCUCUAUUCGAUGGCUUUUCGAGCAGGUCGGAAAUUGAGCAAGCGACCACUGCACUACCAGCAUAUCUUGCGGGAGUUGUUGCCCCACAAGGAGAUCAACCAUGUGCACAUCAUAAUCUGUCAGUAUAUGCAGUGGGCAGACCCACUGUCUUCAGACAUGGUACCCAAUAGACGGUUAUGGACAACCGGCGAACUCUCACCCUGUCCUGAUGGUUAUUACCGCCGCCCCUUGACCGAAUAUUGCUCUCCCCUGUCGGAUGACGACACAGCCCGCUUUCCUCGCCGAUUUCGGCCAGUUGUCUCAGGGAUAAAGAGGAAACGUUCUCGCGACACCAGGGUGGACAGUAAGGCCUGCACCAUGGAGGAACAAGUAGCCAGAGUCCGACUGCUUGCGGAACCUGAGGACCCAAAGUUGCUCAUUUAUCAACAAGAGGAAGUGAGAGAUGUGGUGCCUGCUGUAGAAGCACCCUGGUUGGAACAAUACUAUUUAUCAAGCUCUCAGGCUAUCAGCUGCAUCUCGGAGUUUAUUGCCGGCGGUGGCGGUGGCAUGCAACUACGUGCGUGGCGUCUAUCAGGCGUCGAUACGUACCACCUUACUUCCGACGAGAACAUCCGGUUCUUGUUAUUCAAUGAACGAUCCCCACCAAUAUGGCCGAACGGAAUUCAUUCGCCAGACAUCAAGAUCUGA